UCUACUUCUAACACCAUAUCUACAACAUCGAGUUCUGAGACGGUGCCCCAUCUACGAAUGGCGGAAGCUGUGGCGUUAACCGUCCUGCAACCAAUGGUGCAAAAACUUCUGUCGGCGAUGGUGAAGGAGGUGGCGCUUCCGGAAUGGAACCGCAACAAGCACGCGGAGGAGCUGCAGGCGAUGCUGAUAAGGCUAAAGCCGAUGGUGGAUAACAUUAAUCCAACUACCGCUAACCGAGCGGUGGGUGAUUGGUUAAAGGGUUUGCGCACGAGGUUAGAGUGCUUGGAGCUCCUGCUGAUUGACAUGAAGGGGAAUCGUUUCACUAUUUCUCAGUUCAAAAAUUCAAGGAAGCUAGUGAAGGAGAAGGAGCUGCUGAGCAACAUUCUGUCACAAGCUUCACUUGUGGGGUUGGCAGUGUCCUCGGCGACUUCUACAAAUUUUAUUAAGCGGCUCGAUGAACACAAAGAAGUGCUUAAGGGGGUUCGCUCUGAGAUAGAGGGGCUACUGCAGAUGGCUUGUGCUACCAAACAGGCACUUGACAAGUUUCAAUACGGAUACAGAAACCCAGAAGAUGUGAUGGCUGAGAUAUCGUCUAUCACAAGUGAAGCGAAUACAAUCCACUUGACUUCCACAUACACUAGAGCUUCGCCAGAAGCCUCCACCUCCACUGACAUGCUGCGCGGCGUGGACAGCGAGACGGUGUUUGGAGGAGAUGGGAAUGUGGAAGAAGCAAAGAAAUUGUUACUGGACCAGAUCACGCACAUGGUAGGGUUCUGGGCAUCAGGCGGGGCCGGGAAGACGCUUGCCGCUCAGCGAGUCUUCGAUGACGACGCCAUCCGAGCGCACUUCACAGGAGGCUGCUUCUGGUUCACUGUCGGUGGAGACUCGUCUAUCACUGGUCGGUCAGAGGUUCGCCGGAACAUUCCCAUGGAAGAUUUGACAGCACAGCUACGUAAUGAGCUCAAGGAUAAGAAGAACAUGCUGGUUGUCCUGGACGAUGUCUGGAAAGAAGAUGUGCUACGCUUGGUGAUAUCUGUGGUCCCCUUAAGAGCGGGGUGCAAAAUCCUGGUCACCACUCGCAUAGAGGAGGUGUUGGACAAAAACCAUGUGACGAAGCUCGCAUUCGUGUUGCUAGAUGAAGAGAACAGCUGGAAGUUGUUCUGCUGGCAAGCGUUUCGAGGGACGUCUCAUGUGCCCCCGGAGCUGGAAAAGCUAGCCAAGGACGUGAUGGGCGAAUGUGGUGGGCUUCCGCUGGCGCUGAAAGUGAUUGGGAGUGUGUUUGCAAGGAAAACUGAUCGGGGAUUCUGGGAGUUGUGUUUGCAGAAGCUGAGGAACGCGGAUGUUCUAGACAAAGGUCACGAAACACAGCUAUUCAAUCGACUGAAAGUAAGUUUCGACGAGCUUGGAAGUAUCGAUGGAAGAUUGCAAGAAUGCUUUCUGUACUUUGCUGCAUUUCCAGAGGAUUGGAAAGUCGACGUAUACAAGGAUUUGCUGCCGUUGUGGAGAGCGGAAGGGAUUGUGGGACAGAAGUCUGAGUAUGAUCCGAAGCUAGAAGCGUGUGGGCUGGUGGGCGUGCUGGUCUCCCGCUCGCUGAUUGAGCUCGAAUGCUAUGAAUGGGGUGGAUUGUACUGCAUGGUGCACGAUAUUCUUCGGGACCUGGCGCGGCACACAGUGCAGCAUGAGAAAGCCGUGACCGAGCGAGAGAACCUGUAUGAGGCAGGGCGAGAGAUGAAGGAUGGAUUUCCUCGUGAAUGGGCAAGUUCUUCUGACACCAAGGAUCCAGGCAGAGUGAGGAGGACUAGACUUUCAGUUCGCUGGUUGUCGGUCAUGUCGACAAAUCUGAAGGAGCUACCUGCCCAACUGGAUGCCGGGAAGCUGGAGGUUCUUCUGUUACGAGAGAAUCCGUUGGAGUGUAUUCCUAAGAAAUUCUUCAACAAUCUUUGCAGUAUCCGAGUUCUGGAUCUGAGGGAGACUGAAUUCAAGGCGGUGCCGGAGAGUGUGGGAGAACUAAAAUCUCUGGCAGUACUCAAUUUGUCUGAGACGGGUAUAGAGACGCUCCCAAAGUCAAUCGGGAAGUUGACUGGCAUGGAGGAGCUGUAUCUUGAACGGUGUGAACGUCUCAGUCACUUACCUUCCAAGCUGUCUCACCUCACCAGGUUGCGUAUUCUGAAGAUUGGUGCAGGUGGCAGAUUCUGGAGUAGGGGUCUUUGGGAGGGACUUCCCAAAAUGUUGAGAGGAAAAUUAGCUUUGCGAGACCUCGUCGCCUUCGUUGGCUUGGAACAUUUGACAAUCGAUUUUGAACACUUGGAACAUUUUGAUGUGGAGAGUAUCGAGAGAAGUUAUAUUGACUUGGUGCCGUUGCCAGUUGAAUUGCUGACUGCGUCGAAGAGGCUCCAGACGUUGAAGUUGGAGUUGCAUGGAGGUUGGCAACUUACAAAUUUGAAUGGAGGAGGAGGACUAGGUUGGCAACUUACAGAGUUUCCAGAGUUGAGGAGUGAUGACUGGCAGCACUUGGAAUGCCUUUGGCUUCGAUGUGAGGGCUCUAGAUCGUCUUCCAGCUUUGGCGAGUUUGAGUUUCUAUGA